AUGUCUCUGCUGGAGCAGCGCGCAAUGUGGCCCGACAGGGAGCCCGACGCAAUCUUAGCGGAGUACUUCAGCAACAUGUGCAUGCAGGGGGCAGCCGCGAACAUGGGCUCGCAUACCAUCGCAGCCAUAUCUCACUUCACCCCGGGGCUUCCGCGUCAGGCUGCGACUCUGCUGCCCAGAGCCUCGCGUGCCAUGCAGGCCUGGAAGAGGCGCGCGCCUGCGCUGACGCGGCUGCCGAUCCCUCGAGCUGCGAUGAUAUCCUUGGGAGGUGUCCUCAUAUCGUGGCGGCAGGCGCCCAUGGCAGCGUGGCUGGCGAUUUGUUUCUCGGGCUACCUGCGGCCAGCUGGGGCACGGCGGCUCACCGCCGACAGCAUAGUGCAGCCGUCGGAGAUGGCGGGGGCGGCGUGCCAGUUUCGGGGCUUGCUGCUUCAUCCCGCGGAGCGCCGCCUGGGCGGCAAGACGGGCCCCCUCGACGAGUCGAUCCUCUUCGACCACGACCAGUGCCUCGCGCCUGUCCUCAUAGCCCCGCGCUCGAGAG